GUGGCUUUUCUUCGAUCAUUUUCUGCCUUCUCGUUCUCUCUCUCUCUCUCUCUCUCUCUCUUUCUGUGGGGCUGCUGAUGAGGAAGUUCUUGAGGGUUUUGAAGGACAAUGCCUCGGAAGGGAUCAGCAAGGCCCUCGGUGAUGCUGAACUCCUGCGGGCCGUCCAAUCUGAGCUCAGGCACGAGAUGUCGAAGGAUCAUUUCAAGAGUCGUCCAACCGGUUCGUUGGGACAUUUUGUUGUGGAGAGGGACAGCCCCCAGACGCAAGAUGUAAUUCUGAGGGGGAAAUAUGGUGCUGAGGACAUUGCGCUGUCUGCUUUACUGGGUCCACUAUGCAACUAUGAAGAAGGUUGUCUGUUUCCGGGGCAUGUUCUGAUGAAACUGUGCGUCGCAAAGCCUGGUUCAAGUGCUGUUUUGCAGUUUGAUUGCAGAGUUUCCGGUGAGAACGAGUCCAACUUUUCUAUUCAAAAAGCUCUGUAUCACGAAGAUUUCAAUUCUUUGAGCAGUUGUAAGUACAGAGGCCCUCAGUAUAACUCAUUAGAUCCUGAAUUGCAGAAAGGGUUGAGAAGAUUCUUGUGGGUUCGGGGAGUUGAUACGCAGCUGUCCAAUUUUCUUCUGGUUCACUUGCAUAAGAAGGAGCAAAGUCAAUAUGUGAAAUGGCUGCAAAAGUUGGAGUCUAUGAUAGCGCGGAAUUUAGAAAGAUAGAAUGCCUGGAGGGUUCAUUUCUGGCUUGCGUUGUUUCACGGCCAUCCUUCAUUGCCAUCUCUAGGCCAUGCUUAAAUCUUUGACUUUGGAGAGAUCAGCUUCCGGUGACGUCCCUGAUUUUUUCCCAAAUUUCCAUCAGUUUCCUAUGAACAGUAAAGCUUGGAAGGAUCUGAAGAACCUGGAUGCGGGUAUUUGUGCAUUCCUAAGAUGGCCUAUUUAGUUGUUUGUCAGUUUUUUCUCAAAGGAAUAUCAACAGAGGAGCUGCUCGUAUGCCAAAAGCUCAAAAGCAUGGGCUUGGUUGUAGCAGAAUCAUAUGUACCUUCAUUGUAAUACCUUUUUGUACCAAAACUGGGAACAUGAAAGAAAUCUGAGGUCUGAAAACGAA